AUGAAUCACAAUGAUGACGUUCAGGAAUGUGACUCGUAGCUGGUAUAUGGAAAUGACACGUCGCUUCUUUUCGAAGGUAGUUCCAGAGUUCCAGAUGGGCACUUUAAUACAACUUUUGAGCAACUUUGAAUGGUUUUUAUCCAUAGACCAAGAAGAUCCGGCACUUCUGUACUGAAACCUGAUUCAUCAACAGAUUGCACGACAACCAACCUCCAUUUGCCACAAGUAGAAAAACCUCGACAGAAAUGGAAUUCGACAAGGUUCUCAAGACUGUCGGGGAGUUUGGCCGAGUCCAGAAGUCCAACUUCCUUCUACUGGCGUCGAUGAACGGCUUCAUGGCCAUGCACAUGCUGGCCCUGGCGUUCGUCGGGAAGGAGCCCCAGCAUGUCUUCUGUGGAGACAACCCCCGCGCCACAGUGCAUCCCUGUAGCCCCAAGGCCCGACCGUGUUCUCAUUACACCUACUCCAAUGAGUUUACGUCCAUUGUCACAGAGUGGGAUCUGGUCUGCGGCAACGCCUACAAGGUCGGACUUGUCCAGUCCAUCUUCAUGUUUGGCGUCCUGACUGGCGUCAUGCUGUUCGGCAUGAUGGCCGACAAAUACGGGCGCCGGAAAAUCUCCCUGCUGGGACUGAUUUUGAUGUCUAUGUUUGGCAUGCUGAGCGCACUGACGCAGUCCUACGUCCAGUUUGCAGUCACGAGGUUCUUGUUGGGCAUGGCUACAGGGGGAGUGAUCCUCUGCAGUUUUGUGCUUGCUACAGAGAACCUGGGCACGGCGUACAGGGGUCCUGCAGGCACGAUCCUGCAAGCCAUCUUCUGCAUUGGAAUCAUGCUGUUUGCCGUGCUAGCCUACUUCAUCAGGAGCUGGCGAGUGCUUCUCUUCACCACGACUCUGCCUCUGAUCGGCUACCUCUCUAUCAAUUGGCUUGUGCCAGAGUCGCCACGCUGGUUGGCAUCCCAGGGCCGGGUGUCCGAAGCCGAAGAUAUCCUCUACUACAUCGGCCACACAAACGGCAAAAACAUCACCAAGGCGAUGGUGAAGCUGAAAAUCAGCAGCAACCCAACAAGCGCGAAACAAUAUGGCAUACUGGACUGUUUCCGGACUCCCGUCAUCAGAUCCAGAAUGAUUAUCAUGAUAUUUACAUGGUUUACAUGUAGCAUGGUGUAUUAUGGCCUCACCAUGAAUGCCAGCAACCAGGGGGGCAACAUGUACACCAGUUUUGCCCUGUCGGGCGUGGCGGAAUUACCGGCCUAUGCCGUUUGCUUCCUUUUGUUGAACAAAUUUGGGAGACGAAAGCUGCUGCUCAUGUCCACGUUCACAGCGGGUAUCACGUGCCUUUCCCUUGUGACAGUGCCUGCACAUCCAGAAACGGAAAACCUACGCAUCAGCCUGGCGUUUGUCGGCAAAAUGGGGAUAGCGGCUGCGUUCAACAUUGUCUACAUCUUUGCCUCAGAAUUACUACCAACAGUAGUCAGGAAUAGCGGUAUGGGUGUAUGUUCUGUUGCAGCUCGAUUCGGCGGUGUAGUUGCACCAUCUGUCAUCAUGAUGGGUGAUUUAUUGGCGUUCUUGGUCUUUGGAGCUGCGGCUUUCAUCAGCGGUGUUCUGGACCUAUGGCUUCCCGAGACCCUGGACAAGGCACUGCCGGAGUCCAUCCGCGACGUCGAAGACGGCGACGUCAGGUGGAGGGACGAGGACACGGUGGUCGUCAAGGACGCCAAGUCCAUGGAGAUGGUGGAGAAGAUCGAGAUGUUCAAGAAAGAUGAGAUGGUUUGAGGCAUCAGGAGGGAAAAAACAGUCCUGGACCAAAAUGCCAAAUAAACAUCUGCGACAAGCCAGCGCACUUGCUUAUCGCAAGGAGCGAGUGUGACUUACUUUCAGUCACAAACUUCAAAAACUGAAACUAUUGUUUAUUUUCCAACGGCCAACAUUCCAUGGCUUAUCAAUAGAGUUUUUUUUAAAUGUUUUUGUUCCCUUACAAGCCAGUUCGUACACUGUAUUGCAAGGAGAGAGUGUUACUUACUCAAAGUCACAAGCUAUAAAACUGAGACUGUUGUUUAUUUUCCAACGGCCAAACUUUUCUCGGCUUAUCGACGGUAUUUUUCCAAAAAAAAUUACUUUCCUCGGCUUAUCGACAGUAUUUUUCAAAAAAAAUUUAAGUGAGGUAUUGAAGUCAGUGGCAAUUUAUUCACUGGCAAGCCAGUUCAUUCACGUAUCGCAAAAAAAAUCGAGCCUGAGUCCAGACUAUUGUAUAAUUUCCUAUGGCCAACAUUUCUCGCGUUACGAUCGACAAGGUUUUGUUCCCCAGUGUUUUGAAGUGAGAGUAUUUGUCAUGGGAGUGUAUGGCGGUUCAUUUACUGGUCUGCACCCUUAUAAUAUUAGUACAUCAGCAGGCGAUUUCACAAAACAGUGUGUAACUAAGCAACAGAUUUGUUGCGUAGCCGUGCAAUAAACUUAGAACGAUUUCACAAAACUUGGCGUAGCUUCGCAACGUUUUAAAUAAUCUAAACAUUUUGGAUGAGGAUAAUCACAGCAUUUUGCGAUGGCUGUUUGUGUAUGACUUUGUUCGUUCACGAAACAGUCAUCGAUUCACCUCAGCACGCCAUGUUGAAAAGCAUUUUGUCCAACUACGGAAUCGUGCGGCAACUCUAAAAAAAAUUGUCACUAGUAAAAUAAUUAUUUAUAACACAAGCUGUGAGUGGCUGGUAUCAACCUGAUAAGUUGUGCAAUGACAGGCUUCACAACGUUCACAAGUUGCUGGUGAAAUAGGUCAUUUUCAGUCGCUACGACACAACUUUUCACCACAUAAAACUUUUUGCCACUUAAAAUGAUUGUGCAAGUUACGCCAUAAUUUAUUGCACAAGUCGCUGACCUUGGGCAGUAUUCCAGGGAUCAGAUCGUUGAAUAUGCAUGGUGGAGUACUUAAAGUUGUUUUCAUGAAACUUGGUGUGGCUUUAGAGCAUGUAAUAUAUUUUAUUGUAAAUACAGCUUAUAUGAGGGUGGCCACAUAUGCAGCAGCUGUUUGUGUAUAGUUUCAUAUUUUUUUGGAGAGGGGGUAAAACCAGUCCUUUUGAUUCGAAAAUCACAGGCGUGUGGAAAAAGGCACACCUGGAUUUUUCUAGGUGUGUGUUUUUUCUAGGUGUGUGGUUUUCUAGGUGUGUGAUCUGUGGUCAAGGGAAAUGCAUGCGUGCAAUUAUUCACACUUCUCGGGAAGCUUUUAGGUGUGCGAUGGUGUGGGGGUGUGAUCCCACGCCUCAAAUCAGGACUGUAAAACUGUAUUUCAUCACAAUUGAAAGAGUUGUGAAUUUCUUUUUUUCAAAGUUUUAACAUUAAGUAGCAUUUCAGUGCACCAGUUUAACCUAUAGAUGUACAUUCCCCAUACAUUUGCUUUUGGCACAGAAAGGAACAAAGCAGUUUUUUAUAAUCAUCCUUGUUUGGACAUUUCUCGGUGAACAAAAAAUCCCAAAUAUACUUUUUUGUCAUGGAAACUUUCCAGUUCAAUUUGAUACCUCACAUGGGAACACCGUGUAAGAAAUAACGAGAGCACAAGCGCUGAAGCAGCUGAAACCCCAAAACUACAAGUUGCACUUAGCGAGAUUUUUGAUGGGCAUUGCUACACACAAUUAAAUGCAAUGAUGCAGGCCCCGCAUUCAGUUGUGUGUUGCAAUGCCCGUUGAAAAUCUCGCAAAAUGCAGCUUCUAUUUUGGGGGUUUCAGGGGCUUCAGCGCUUGCGCUCUCGUUAUUUCUUACACAGUGUUCCCAAGUGAGGUGUCAAAUUGAACCUGAAAGUGUCCGUGACAAAACAUAUAUUUCUGAUUGUUUGUUCUCCAAAAAAAUGUCCAAACAAGGAUGAUUCUAAAAACUGCUUAGUUUCUUUUUUGUGCCAGGUGUGCUUGUAGCUAGGUGGAUAGGGUAAUAGAUUUUCCAAAUUUUGUUUUUCAGAAAUUUGAACUGUUUUUUUUUAAUUCUGAUAUGGGUUCUAAACCUUAUCAACUUAAUUUUACUGCCAUGAUCUAACAGGGAAUGUAGAAAAUAGGAAGCACCAAGAUACUUUGUUUCUUGUCGACACAUUAUAAUCAUUUCAAGUAGGCCAUCAGCCUGGGGGUUUGGUAGGUAUCAAAUGAGGGGAAUAAUGCUCAUUGUGAUUUUUGGCAAGGUAUGCACCCCUGUAGUUGGAAAAUAUGUGAAAGCAUUGCAGCGGUGGCAGCGUUUUGGGUGCUAUCACUUUAAACAAUAAAAUGACAGCCAAAACAUAUGCUUCCACAUAUAAUUAAUCUAUAUUGGCGGCCAUUUUGAAAAAAAUAUUGAAAGUGAUAACACCCAAAAAACUGCCACCGAUCACACAUUUUUCAAACUCUAGAGUCUAGAUGUGCAUACCUUGCCAAAAAUUGCUUUGAGCAUUGCUCCUUUUGAUCAUUUGAUACCGGUGGCCCAAUUUUUGGACCAAACCCGAUAUCCUAAACUAAAGAUUGAUAACAGCAAGUACAUUAUUUAUGUAACUGCUGAAAUGCAGGCCCAUGCAGGCUCUAACUGCCAUUAUUAAUGUACAUAUUUUUUUUGUAAAUACACUAUUUAAUACCAGGGAACAAAAACUUCCAAAUGCAAAACAAAAUUGCAGAAAAGAUAAAAUAUAUAUAUUUAAUAUCAAAUUGUAUGAAUUGCUAAAAAAUUAUGAAUGAUUUUUAUCAAUUUAUUUUAAAGGGGCUACGCAGUUUUGGUAAUAUGUCUAAUUGUACCCUUUAAAAUGAAAUCAUAAACAGAAAUGUCAACGAUGAA